UUCACCCUUUUGCUUCUUCUACUCAACGUUGGUUGAGCCAACUCCUUUCUCUCUUCCCUCUCUCAAAGAAUACUCUUGCAAUGGUAAAUCAACUAAAGGAGAAGAAGGAACAAGUUCAACAACAACAGCAGCAGAAUCUUGACCCUGAAACUGAAUCUUCUCGAUUCUUCUUCUGCGGGAGCUUUUGCUCUGCCCUGUCGCGUCUGUUUAGUCUAACAUGUGUGAUCUUUUUGGUCCUUAGCUUUGCGACUCUCCUUUCAGCGAUCUUCUGGCUAUUCCCGCCGCGUCGAUCGCUGCCUAGACACCAUGCUGAUGAUAUAGUUCAUCUCAAUGCAUCAGUACAAGCAUGCUUUAGACUCCACAAACCAGCUUCUAAGGUCAUUUCCCAUAGAGGAAAACUAGAGAAGGAUAUCUUUUCAAGUUUAGAUCUCAGGAACCACACCAAGGUGACUGUUCUGUCUCUGCAUCAACCAGGUGCAUCUAACUUCACUGAAGUCAAGUUUGGAGUUCUGCCUGUACUUACUAACCAUACAUUAAGAAAAGACUCGUUAACUUCCCUGCGAUCUUCUUUCGUUAACCUCUUUGCUCAAAGGUCGAGUCUGAACCUAAACAAAUCAACUUUCGGGAAGCCAACUUCUUUUCAGGUUCUCAAGUUCCCUGGUGGAAUAACUGUGGAUCCUCUGGGACUCGAACCCGUCUCUGGAUUACUAACGCUUGUGUUUAGCUUCACACUCGACGUUUCCUUGUCCGAGAUACAACACAAAGUGGACCUGCUAAAGAAUCAGCUCGAGCUUGUGUUGCAUUUGGAGGUGUUCGAGAGUUUUCGUGUCGUUCUAACUAAUCAUAAAGGAUCUACAGUAUCUCCUCCUGUAACUGUUCGGGGUUGUGUUGUCUCAACAACCAUGACAACUGUGGAAAGCCAUAUUCAGCAGAGAUCCAACAAUCUUGCUCAGCCUCCUGCUAAGAACUUCGGUCUAGACAACUCAGUUUUUGGUGAAGUCAAGAAUGUUACUUUCACAGCUUACCCGGAGGGCACAGUUCUUGAUUCUGAUUCGGUGUUGGCACUAACGCCAAGUUCUUGACAUGAAGCUUCUUACCAAACUGGGCAAAAACAGUUUUCUCUUUUCCUUUUUUAGGUACCUUAAUAUCUCAAUUGGCAAAGGAUGAAAAUUUGUGUGAAUGUUUCUUGUCUUACUUGCUAAGUAGCGGUGAUAAAAUGUAUAAUAAAGAUUAAUAACUUGUUAUGGCAAACAACUUGCACCACC